GAACAUCUAAGGUGAUUACCUUGUAUAAUAAAUCUUUGCUCGUAAACAUUCCUCCAAAAUUAAGAAGAAAAUAUCUGCAAUCCAAUCAGAGAGCGCCAACCUUCAGGAAUGGGAACUAGAAGUUUGCACCUGGCAUUAUUCUCCAUCUGCCUUAUAUUCAGCUCAGGUUUAAGAAUAUCCUAUGGUUUAGGUACACAACUGGAUGAUGUUCCUAUAGUCAAUCCUACAACUCCAGGGACAGAAAAUCCAAAUCCUUCGACAAACCCAACAUAUCAAGCACCAGACACCACAGGGCAAAACCCCCCAACCCCAAACACAAAUCCUACAACCCCAACCACAAACACAAAUCCUACAACCCCAACUACCACUCCUACGUCAUCAUCAGGUGGGCAAUGGUGUGUUGCUAAACAAGGGGCCUCAGACACUACUCUACAGGUUGCCCUUGACUACGCUUGUGGUUAUGGAGGUGCAGACUGCUCAGCAAUUCAACCAGGAGCUUCCUGUUAUGAACCAAACACUGUCCGUGACCAUGCUUCUUAUGCUUUCAAUCAAUAUUUCCAGAAGAAUCCUGUAUCUACCAGCUGUGACUUUGGAGGAACAGCAACAUUAUCAAACAAUGAUCCAAGUACUGGGAACUGCCACUGGGCAUCACCCACUUCAACAAGCACAAGCACGCCACCACCACCAACGGAUGUCAUCCCGCCACCAGCAACAUAUGAAAGUCCACCAAGUCCAGCAACUACUAUGACCCCAACUCCACCAGAUAUGACAAUGCCAGGUGGAUCAUCAGUCUAUGGUUCAGAACCAACAGAAAGCCCCAAUGCAGCCACAACUGCCUUUUCUUCCUUGCUGCUGUUGGUCGCAUGCAGUCUCCUUGUACCACUUCAAUUAGCAAAUUUUAUUUAGAAAGCAAACAAGAUCCAGCCAUUCUUUAAGUGAUAAGCUGGAAUUUCACUGUCUUCCAGCAGUUUUUGCGAAAUUUCAAGGACUCCAAGUCAACAAGUAUUUCCCUUAAAGUAAUUAGUACCAUUAUUACCUUUCAUCUAUGUAUGGCUGUUAGUUGAUCAUAAAUCCCCAGAAAUACAGUAGAGCCAAAAAGAUUUAUAGGUCUUCGUAGGAAGUUUUUCUGCAGUAUUAGUUUUCUCUUCCAUAGAGAAUCCCUGUAACUAAUAUCAGCUAGCAUGCCAUUUAAUUUAGUGAAAUAAAUACAUUACUUCACUUCUGAAAA